AUGAAUGACGACGAAGGAAUCAAGACGUUUUACAUCAUCAUUGAAGUGGUCAUCGCUCUCUUCUCCAUAUCCGGCAACGUCCUGGUGUGCUGGGCCGUGGCCAUCAACACCACCCUGAAGAACGCCACCAACUAUUUCCUUGUGUCUUUGGCGGUGGCGGACAUUCUGGUGGGCUGCCUGGCCAUCCCCUUUGCCAUCACCAUCAGCAUAGGCAUCCGAUUGGACUUUUACGGCUGCCUCUUCCUGGCCUGCUUCGUCCUGGUUCUCACCCAGAGCUCCAUCUUCAGUCUGCUCGCUAUUGCCAUCGACAGAUACCUGGCCGUCAAAAUCCCUCUCAGGUACAAGGAGUUGAUGACAGGCAAGACGGCCAGAGAGAUCAUUGCUAUUUUAUGGAUCCUGUCCUUUGUCAUCGGGCUGGUCCCUUUCUUCGGCUGGAACAUCAAGCACUCCAGUUGCGGGAAUUCUACAGCGGACAACACAACGAAUGCGGAGCCAAAAAGUGGACGCUUACAGCUCGGGAGCUGCAAGCUCAAGUGUUUUUUCGAGAGAGUGGUGGACAUGGAAUACAUGGUCUACUUUAAUUUCUUCGUUUGCGUGCUGCUGCCGCUCCUCAUCAUGCUGGGCAUCUACAUGAAGAUCUUCACGGUGGCCAGGAAGCAGCUGAGGCAGAUCGAGCUCAAGUGCGUGGCCAACGGGGACAACCAGCAUCACGGCCUGCUGCAGAGGGAGAUCCGCGCCGCCAAGUCCCUGUCCAUCAUCGUGGGGCUCUUCGCCAUCUGCUGGCUGCCCGUCCACAUCCUUAAUUGCCUCACGCUCUUUUACAAGGACCUGCACAAGCCUGAGGAGGUCAUGUACGUGGCCAUCAUUCUGUCCCACGCCAACUCGGCUGUCAACCCAGUCAUCUACGCCUACCGUAUCCAGGACUUCAGAAACACCUUCCACAAGAUCCUGAAACAGUAUGUGCUGUGCCGCAAAGAGGAGGUCUACAUCAGCUCCAACGGCAGCAGGCGUACCAGAGACCAGGUCCACAUGACCGUAGACCCCCUGCUAUAG